CGGCAAACCUGUCCUCAAACCGUGUACUGCACGUCGACUCCACGUCAAACCAGCCAGGUGCCGAUUAGGGCUGCGCGCUCGCUCUGUCAGGGCAUCUUAACAUGACUUGUCCGAUGCUCUCUCACUUCGCAGAGUGACUUGGGACUUAAGUUGGCCUGUACGAGCCAGUUCCACGAACGUUGUCUUCAUGGACAAACUUUCCAACAAAGCCUCCAAUCAUUUCAGCAUACCCCGUGCGUGGACCAACUCUUAUCCGAGGACGAUCUGUCCGAGCAUGCCAUGACUCUAAACUGGCCGUUGCAGUGGAUCCACACACAUCCUGCGUUGGAACGAAGGAUUGCCAGUCGCUGCCUCUAAUGCGUGUCUUGCACGACCUUGUGCAAGACACCUUGACCUUAAGGAUCUCGAACGUGUCCGUGAAUGCUAGACAGCUCCCCCUACCUUUAUUAAGCUCAUUGAGGAAGUAAUGAUCGUAGACAGUAGUUACAAGCACUUUUCUGCAAACUUUUCCUCAUGAGAAAUUUGCCAAUGCUUGUCGACGCAUUUCAAGCGCGCAGGAUGAGCGGCGCAGACCCGGGUAGAAAUUGCCAUAAGAAACAUGUGCUGGGUAUUGCGCACGACUCUGAAAGACGGCCGAGCCAUAGAUGGCCUCGAGGCCUUUCGAAGGAUCGAAAAGGCAAGUAUACUUCGCUAACGGUUGCACCCUUGAGCCUCAUUGUGAAAUAAUUGGGAACACAUCCUAAUGGUGGGAAUGUCAAAGUCCCUUGAUUUGCUGCUAACUUAUUGAGACGAAGAGAUCAGCCGCACGUGGAUGCCAGUAAACAAAUCGAUGGUCCCGAAUCCUACAGUCUUUAAUGUGCUUGCCAGUGGUAUUAAACCUGCCCUUUUUAGUGCCGAUGCAAUUCAGGUCAACGAAGCAACUUUCUCCAGAUGGUUUUUGCACGGCGCAGUCUAGAGUUAUGACCACAGCAGCUGAGACUACUGUUCCAUAUGCAUCUGAGCGUCGCGUGGACAAAAAUAACCACGCUCAGCAUUUCUCUCUCUACAGAUCCUUUAAGGGGCCAUCUCUUGUCCCAUCGAACCCUAUCAUGACAAUGCUUCUGACUACGGCCUGUCAAGGUAACAAGACCGGAUUCGAACAAAUGAAAACCACAAUAAGUAAAGGCUGAUGGAGUGGUGAGACUUAAUCUGGGCUGCUAGCGCAAAGCGCAUGAAGCGAUAAAUCUGAUACUUUAGGGAGUAAAAUUAGGUUCGGGCAAAUGAUGUAGGAUUAGAAAGUUCACAAUUUUCAACUGUCCACUCAGCCCAACACAAGCCCACGAUGACUAUACCCUCGCGGCCGACCCACAAGAUUAUUCCACAGCAAGAUGAAUUCGAUGACUUUGAAACCUCAGCAGAAGGGUGAAAGUUCGGUUGCUCAAGGCUGCACUUGCUAACGGUACCAUAGUUAGAGCAGAGAGUGUCUGGGACGGUUGGCACAGUUUUAUUCUUGGACUCAUGUGUUGCAUACAAAUUCGUUCUUCAAGUCAUUCAUGUAGUAUGAAGUCCUCAGAAUGAU